AUGGCUCCGACAGAAAGCAAGAAGCGCCUGGCUCUGGCCAUCAUUGAUUUCCUCGGCUCCAGCCUGAAGGACGGCACUCUCACCGCCGAUGAUGCCGAGUCCGUUGAGAUCGCGCAGUCCUGUAUCGCUGAUACCUUCAAGGUCGAUCCGACCGAUGAGGCCGCCGUGAAGGAGGCCCUGGGCGGGCAGUCUCUGGCCAACAUCUACAGCGUUUACGAGAAGCUGCGGAACAAGUCUACCCCUCAGUCAGCUGGCGCGGGAACUCAGGAAACUCAGGAAUCGCAGGAGCAGCAGCCCAAGGCCGGUGCGCCUACUCCGGAGUCUGACAAGCUGAAGUCGGAGGGUAACUCUUUCAUGGCUAAGAAGGAUUAUGCCGCGGCCAUUGAAUCUUACACCAAGGCUCUGGAGAUUGCGCCGGCCAACCCAAUCUACCUCUCCAACCGGGCUGCCGCUUACUCGGCGUCUGGCCAGCACGAAAAGGCCGCCGAUGAUGCCGAGGUGGCUGUUGCUGUCGACCCGAAGUACUCAAAGGCCUGGAGCCGUCUUGGCCUUGCUCGGUUCGACAUGGGCGAUUACCACGCUGCGAAGGAGGCCUACGAGAAGGGUAUCGAGGCAGAGGGUAAUGGUGGCAGUGAGGCCAUGAAGCGCGGUCUGGAGACCUCCACAAAGAAGAUCGAGGAGGCCAGCCGUGACAGCGAGCCCCCAGCGGAGGACUUGGACACUGCCCCAGGCGCUUCCCGUGGUGGCGGCGGUGGCAUGCCCGACCUGUCUUCGCUGGCUAGCAUGCUUGGUGGCGGUGGCGGCGGCGGCGGUAUGCCUGAUAUGAGCUCCAUAAUGAGCAACCCCAUGUUCGCCAGUAUGGCCCAGAACCUCAUGAGCAACCCGGACAUGCUCAGCAACUUGAUGAGCAACCCCCGACUGCGCCAGAUGGCUGAGAACUUCGGCCAAGGUGGCGGUAUGCCCGAUAUGUCAAGCCUCAUGAGCGACCCCAACCUUGCAGAUAUGGCUCGCAACAUGAUGGGAGGUGGCGGUGCUGGUCGUGGCCAGUAA